GAUUUACAGUUUUAUUACUCCCUAUUUAUUUAUGAAAAAGAAAAUAUUUAUACACAAAAGCAUGGCAAAAACCCCAUAAACACGAACAAAUCCAGCUGUAUUCUCGAGUAUAAAAGCUCCCCACUGUUUGCGGAUUCAACCUUGUGUUUUUCCCUUUUCAUUUUUCUCCCGAGAGAGAAAAAAAAUAUAAAAAAAAUACACAGAUAGAGGGGAAAAGGGGCCAUGGCCAUGGCCUUCUUCGAUUUGCAGAGACUAAAUACAAAGGGGGACUUCUUUUCUUGAAGCUCUGAAUUUCAUAUUUGUUGAUUUUUAUAUAUAAAGUAUGUAUAUAUUGUAUAUCUACACAUAUAGAUACGGAGGGGAGUAUAUACGGAUGCUAUACACAUCGAAACAGGGAAAAAACAGUUGCACAGUUUUGGUAACGCCAUAAUUCCAAUCAAGUCGUCUUCUUUACUUCUACUUAUCCAAUCCGAAACUUUCCAGGUGAAGAGCAGAACCAUCUGUACAAGGAUGAUAUAAGUUUAUAGACAGAGAUGUUAGAAGAACGGCCUUGUUCGGUAUCAAGAAGUUACCGAAGAGAGCGCGGAAGUAGGUGUGUGAAUUACCAGAUUGACAUGAAUGGUGGUAAAAGGCCAUUGGAAGAUGACAGGGAGGACGAAUUGGUCCCUAGGAAGUUUUCAAGGCAAUCUGAUGAUAUAGUAGAUACCGAUCUAACCCUAGGCGGGGCUCUAUCGUCCCCGGUUGAGGACAUUUCUUCAGAAGAUAACUCUCUAGUACCCGGAAUUGGGAGAGACAAUGCCAUUAGCUGUCUAAUCCACUGUUCAAGGUCCGAUUACGGCAGCCUUUCGGCCGUAAACAGAAGCUUCCGGUCAUUAAUAAGGAGUGGGGAGAUCUACAAGUUGAGACGCAUGAACGGUGUGGUUGAGCAUUGGGUUUAUUUUUCCUGCAGCCUCCAAGAAUGGGAAGCUUUCGACCCGAACCGACUCCGUUGGAUGCGGGUCCCGACCAUGAACUCAAAUGAUUGCUUUCUUUUUUCGGACAAGGAGUCGUUGGCGGUUGGGACGGAGCUACUCGUGUUUGGAAAGGAGUUAAUGUCGCAAGUUAUUUACCGUUAUAGCCUUUUGACAAAUUCGUGGUCGUCUGGGAUUCAGAUGAAGGAUCCCAGGUGCUUGUUUGGAUCUGCCAGCCAGGGUGGGAUUGCGGUUUUCGCCGGUGGCUGUGACACACAAGGCAAGAUCAUGAGCUCUGCCGAGAUGUACAAUUCGGAAACGGGGAUUUGGACGCUAUUGCCAAACAUGAACAAGGCCCGAAAGAUGUGUUCCGGGGUACUCAUGGACGGGAAGUUCUACGUGGUGGGCGGGGUCGGUGGGCCCGACUCGAAGCCCUUGACGUGCGGGGAGGUAUACGAUUUCGAGAAAAGGACGUGGACGGAAAUACCCAACAUGUCCCCGGUCCGGCCGCCCGCGGGCCGGGAAAACGGAGUUCCGGCCACCGCCGAAGCACCGCCUCUUCUUGCGGUUGUGAAUGACCAAUUGUACGCCGCGAAUUCCGCCGACAUGGAGGUGAGGAGGUACGACAAGGCCAACCAGGUUUGGGUGACCGUGGGCAGGCUGCCCGAACGGGCAAAUUCGAUGAACGGUUGGGGCUUGGCUUUCAAGGCUUGUGGCGACCGACUCCUCGUCAUCGGUGGGCCCAGGACCGUCGGCCAAGGGUUCAUUGAAGUCAACUCGUGGGUCCCGAGCGAAGGGCCGCCGCAGUGGAACGUCCUCGGCCGGAAGUUAUCGGGCAGCUUUGUUUAUAACUGUGCUGUGAUGGGUUGCUAGAGGAGCUGUGUUUAUAAUACUCUUGAUGCCUCCUUAGAAAACACACCAAAAAAGAUAGAUUUUUGAGGCAAUUUGGGUGGGUAUUUAUCUAAUCUUUUCCUACAUAAUUUUUUUUUUCUUGAAAACAAAAGAAAAAAAAUCCCUUCAAAUAUUUAGUUUUCUUUAAUAUAGAGGGAUGAUUACCAAUCAGUACACUCAAGCUCCAACACCAUAUUUGUCUUAAAGGAAUCUUUGAGUGGAAAGAUUAUAUACUUUCAACAUCUGCAAUUUCAUUUUAAUUAAUCCCAUUGUUGUAAUUCCCUUUCCCUUUUCAUUGUCUUGGUAACAUGAAAUCUCAGUUGCAGGUUCAUAAUAACUUGAUUAAUGUUUGUUCAAGUUCUCCAAGAAUUGUAGUUUUUUUAAAUUAUAUUUUGGCAUUGUCAAGGAUGAGAAGAAUAAGAUUCUUGGCAAGUGACUUGUCAAUGUGUAGUGGAACAUCUU